AUGGGCAAAGUUUUGCUGUCGUGCCAUGUCGCUGUGAAGCACGACGCCGAUGCCGACUUGGUUCUCCAGAGACUGGUCGCGGGAGCUCAAGAUAAGUCAUGUCGAGAGAAUGGAUGUGGAUCAUGUGUAGAAAAAUCUCCUUUUUUUCGCUUUUUCUUGAGCGAUAUGACACUGAGGGUUCUUGUCGUUGUUUUGGUUGCAUGCAUCUCGAUAUCCCAAGCUGCUAGCACGAAUCCUCCAGUACAAGGCCUGUUUGUUUUUGGGGACUCAGCGUUAGAUGGAGGACAGAACACGUACAUCCCGGGCUCCCGGAUUGUUAGCGCAAUUCUGCCAUAUGGAAAGACGUACUUCAGCAAGCCCACAGGGCGUUGGACGGAUGGUAGAACGAUUGCUGAUUUCCUGGCUCAAGCACUAGGCCUUCCAUUGUUGCCACCUUUUCUCGAGCCUGGCGCCAACUUUUCCAGUGGUGUGAACUUUGCAUCUGCCGGUGCAGGUUUGUUAGAUGAAACGAAUGCCCAUCAAGGAGUUAUUUCAAUGAAGCAGCAGCUGCGGCAGUUUCGCAACGUCACAAAUGAGUACAAAAAAGAGAAGGGUGUGGAGUUUACGAACCAGAUCUUGCGCAAUUCAGUGGCAUUGUUUAGCAUGGGAGCUAAUGAUAUUGCUAAUGCUGUUCCCAGCUCAUUCUUGUUCCAGGAGAUGAUACAAGAAUUUUCAAGUGCUAUUCAGGGGGCAAUUAGGAUGCUGAAGAACCUCUCAGCAGCAGGUGAUGAUAGGGCAGAUGAUCAUCCAAGCGGCAAAACACAGGCUGCUCCAUCAGAGGAGCAGACCCCUUCACGACAAAGGCAUAUUCCACCCUAUUCAUUUGUGCUGGGAUAG